GUAUCCCUUGCGCCGAAAUGACUAAAGGCCUGACCUUCGAUAUCCGCUACGACAACGAGCUCGCUCACGAAUACUACGGGGAUGGAGACAAGCUUACUAAACAGCUCCAGAAUGUCUAUAAGGACAAAAACCUGGAGUUCCCCCAGUAUUUCGAUUCCACACUGACCACCCCACCAAUCCACUUCAUGACGGUCGAGGCGCCUGACGAUGUAGAUGUGGACGGACUGAGGAGUGUGCAUGUCCCUCCAGGCUUGAGUGUCGAGAUUCUAGACUUCGAUUAAAUUUUCUAGUAAAUAGUUGGGAGGACAAAUAAAAU